ACUGGGUAAUGUAGUCCUUUGUUGUCCGGGCAGGGGAUGGCGGAGGCGGGGCAAGGGGCGGAUUCCGCGACCUCGGCCGCGUCAGUCUUGAGUACGGGGCGGGGCAGGAGGUCUGUGCUCCCCAGCACGUCCUGUCCUGCCGGAAGUGGAGGUGCGAGUCCGGCCGUGGGCUCUGAGAGGCCCCUGCCCGGAUGGCAGCAGUAGUUCUAGGGGGAGACACCAUGGGCCCUGAACGUAUCUUCCCCAAUCAGACAGAGGAACUGGGGCCACAUCAGGGCCCUACAGAAGGAACCGGGGAUUGGAGCGGUGAGGAACCUGAGGAAGAGCAGGAGGAAACAGGGGCAGGCCCAGCUGGCUACUCCUACCAGCCCCUGAACCAAGAUCCUGAACAAGAAGAGGUGGAGCUGGCGCCAGUGGGUGAGGGAGAAGAUGUAGUAGCUGACAUCCAGGAUCGGAUCCAGGCCCUGGGGCUCCAUUUACCAGAUCCUCCAUUAGAAAGUGAGGAUGAAGAUGAGGAGGGUGCCACCUCAUUGAGCAGCCACAGCUCUAUUCCCAUGGACCCAGAACAUGUAGAGCUGGUGAAAAGGACGAUGGCUGGAGUAAGCCUGCCUGCGCCAGGUGUCCCUGCCUGGGCUCGGGAGAUAUCGGAUGCCCAGUGGGAAGAUGUGGUACAGAAAGCCCUCCAAGCCCGGCAGGCGUCUCCUGCCUGGAAGUGACCACAGGGAGAGCUGCCUUAUCUCCCAGCAUUCCAGGCCAGAACCAGCCCAGGACUGAACACAUCUCCAUCUCCCCAUCUCUCAUUCCACAUCAAGGCAAAUCAGACUUCUCAGAGACCCACUUUAUUCAGUUCUGUACAUUUGGGGACAUUGGCCCAAGCCCAACCCACCUUAGCAUGUAUCACUCUUGUGGAGAAUAAAGCACCCUAUGUACACAGCCAAACGCC